GCGUCAGUUCGCCGACUAACUCUGUCCAGAAUGCACCUCCCAGUUUCCACUAAAUCUUGUCCUUUAUCGAUUAUCUCUCCUUCAUGGACUGUUUUUCUCAAACACGCCAUAAAUUACAACGUUUAAACAUCCCAGUAUAAAUAUUAGUGUAAACUCGCAUUUUUUUCUAAAAUUACAUAAAUAUAGUGAAAUUGAAACACCAUGGAAGGAAUCCCAAUUUCAACGGGAAUGUCUUCAUCAAUGGAAUUCCUUAAGCAGACGGAAGGUGACCUGUUCUUUAACGAUGAGGCGCUGCAGGAGGACAACCUUUCGGCACUGAACAUGAUGAGAAAAAAUCGUCAUUUCUGUGACGUUAUUCUUCACAUUGGUACAGUUGAAAUACACGCCCAUCGCGCCAUACUCGCCAGCGUAUCUCCGUAUCUCUUCGAAUUAUUCUCCACGGAUCAUGAAAAACGGAUCGAAAACAUCGUUACUUACAAACUUAAUGGGGGAUUUGAUAAAUCUGCCUUUCAAAUCUUGGUUGAUUAUGCUUACACGGGACACCUCCAGGUUCCUACAAAUCAAGUAAAAGCGGUGUAUAUUGCGUCGUGUCAUUUAAAAAUCGAUCGCGUUGCGAGGAAAUGCGCCCAAUACUUAAUAAACCAUCUCUCUGUUGAGAAUUGCAUAGAAAUUCGUUCGUUACCAGGAAUAGCAAAAAAUAAAGAAUUUAUACAUCAAGUUGAUAAUUUCAUUGCUAACAAUUUUGAUCAAAUAAAUCAAAGUUCUUACCUUAUUAAUCUUUAUUGCGCAAGAAUUGAAGUUUUAAACCAAACCAAAGAAGAAAUGUCUUUGGUAAAUUCCAGCUCUUUAUGUCGUCUUGUACUCGAAUGGAUCAGAAGGCAAAUAACCGAAGAUAAUUUAAGUCUCGCCACUCUUUCAGAAAAUACCUUCAUGCUUUAUUUAGCCAUAGAUAAUUCUCUUCAAGAUUGUAACAGCCUACCAAACGGUGAUGUUUGCAAUACGGAAAUCGUACAAGACUACAAAAAGCUCUCUUCGAAAAACGUUGGUUCAGCCAACAAAAUCAAGCGGAAACAAUUAAGUCAGCCCAGUAAGCCGCGCGUGUUGAUUUAUUCCCGGGAAAUCGGCGAAGAAUUAGAAUCGGAAAUGGAGCCGCAUUGGACGUUGAUCGCAACAUCAAAAGUUGCGGAACACAGCUAUGUCGCAUUGGUAACGUUAGCUGGAAAAUUAGCUAAGCUUUCGAUUCAGUUGAGGCUUAAUAUCCCAACAACGCCAUCCCCGGUUGCUACACCAGAAGCCAACAAGAAUUCCAACGAGGAUAAACCUGAUUUAUACUACACUUUGGCUAAUAUGUCUUGCCCUAGGUGUGGCGUUGGUUGCGGUAAUCUCAACAAUACUUUAAUUGUGUGCGGUGGUUACGAUAGAGUUGAAUGUCUUCGAACUGUAGAACAAUACAUUCCAGAAACAAAUAAAUGGGUUUCACUUCCGUCAAUGAGACAAGGAAGAGGUCGCUUCCAAAUAGCCAUAUUAUCCUCAAAAGUAUACGCAAUCGGUGGUAGUAACGGUUUGUCCGAAUUAGAUACGGUCGAAAUGUUAGAUUUGGACGCAAAGAAAUGGGUAAAUCUCCCCAAAUUGUCUUUGGCCAGAAGUUUUAUUGGAGUGAGUUCUUUGGAUGGUCAAAUUUAUUGUGUUGGCGGUUGGAAUGGGCAAGUUGGCACGAAACAAUGCGACGUUUUUAACCCGAAAACUGAGAAGUGGUCAAACGUGGCUCCGUUGAACGUAGGACGAUAUCAAGCGGGAGUUACCGCAUUAAAUGGAUUAUUGUAUGUUAUCGGCGGUUGCGAUUCUUGGAAUUGUUUGUCAUCGGUUGAAGUUUAUGAUCCGAAAGGAGACGUUUGGACCGUUUCGAAACCAUUGAUUACGGCCAGGCGGGGAUGUGGAGUUGCUGUUUUUAACAACAAAAUUUACGUCGUUGGUGGGUCCGAUGGGACUCACGUUUUGAAUACUACGGAAGUUUUUGAUGUUGAAAGUAAAAUGUGGGAAGUUGGACCUACUUUAACAGUUCCAAGAGUAAAUGUUGAAAUUGCUGUUGUUGGGGAUAGAUUGUAUGCUGUUGGAGGCUUUUCUGGAAAAAGCUUUUUAAAUACAAUUGAAUACUUGGAUCCCAUAACUGAUGAAUGGACAACAUUUAUUCCAAGGAAAUUAGAAGAUGGUGAAAUUAAAAUGGAAAGAAAUGGUUUGUAUGAAGAUAAAAUGGGGCCAGCAGUAAUUGACUGCAUAGAUUAAGAGUUAAUUGUAUAUUAAUAACUUAACUAUAUCUAACUAGUUUUUUGUGGAUGCUCUGGAAAAAAAAACUUGAAAAGAAUAUUAAAUAUUAACCACCACAUAGAAUUAAAAAAUAUGUGUAUCCAUCAUUUUCAUUGUCAUUCAUUAGAACAGAUUAUCCUAAAAGAAAGCAUUUCUUUAUAAAAAUAUGGUGUCUAUCAUUAAUGAUUAAGAUAACUAUACGACAUAGCGUGAAAAAUUUAUCUCCACACAAAUAUUGGAUACACUAUUGGUUAGAUUUUUUUUUCAAUUUAAUCAAGAUCCGUAUUCACAGAAAUUGAAAAGGCUGGUUUAAUUAAAACAUCGUUGUUCCACUAUGUCCAAGAAUUUAAAGCGACAUCUUAUAUAAAUAUAUAAAAAAAUAUAUAUUCCUUCUGAUAAAAUGAUAUAUUUUCAAUACUUUUUGACACUUGCAAUAAACAAUAAAUUAUUAAAAAAAAAUGUAUUAAAUUAAGUAUAAUAUAAUGAGGUUAUCAGAAAAUGUCUCUGAUCUAUAUACAAUAUUGCAGUUGAAAAAAAGAAAUGUAAGGAAUUAUUCAGUAUUUCUAAUCCUUUUUGGAUUAAAUUUAAUUAUUUUUUUUUGUUUCCCAUAAAAAUACAUAUGCUAAUGAAAACGCGGAAUUUGUAAGUUAAGAUUAUAAAAAUAAAGACACCUCUAAUAUUAUUUAAAAGGGGGCAUUAGCCUAUGUGUUGAAAUAAGUUCUGUUUCAAUAUCGAAUUAAUUAUAAUAUAGUUAUUAAUUUUUUUUUCAUUUUCUUUGUUGUUAGUUUUGUUUACUUUUCGUUUUAAUUUGUAUUAAUUAAUGUGUUUUUCGAUGAGGCUGAUUUAUUGUAAUCAAUAUUGAAUAAAUAUUUACAUUUAAGAAAUUA